AUGUCGACCUUGCAAGAGCUGCAAGACAAGGUCGCCGACCUGCAAAAGCAAAAUGAAAUCUUGGGUAUGGAAAAUGAAAUGCUUGCAGACUACCUUCAGCGAGACGCUGAGAGAACAUCUGGCCUGGAAGACACAGAUGAGGCAUUGUCCGACCUGCCAUCCUCCCCAGUCGACAAGGGCAAGAAGGCCGCAAAGGGUGGCCGGCAAGGACAACAGCGAAGACAGCUUCCAACUACUCUUAGCUUGGAGGACAGAUUUCGGAUAGCCAACCAGGAGAUGGAAGCCCUCACAAAGGACAUCGUCGUGGGCACAGGUAUUUUGAGUUGA